AAACCAUUUUGCCAACUCCGCUCGUCUCCUCUCUCUUAUGAGACCAGUGACACAGUGCGCGAGAGUAUUUCUCUCUCUACAGUCCGCAAAACCGAAAAACGAAACAAAAAUCAAAUAGAGAAGAAGGAGAAGAACAAACAAGCCCCUUCUCUCGUAUUCCUGAACCCUAUUCUCACUUUCUCUGUAAAAUCUCUCUGAAAUCUCUCUAUAAUUUCUAUAUAAAAUCAUCAUCAUAAGAAGAAGAUAUCAAAACCCAACACUUCUUCUCCUAUAUACUGAUGCGUAAUAUCGUGGUUUAGUUUUUGGGUUUUGAUUUAUCAGAGGAGAAACAGAAGAAUAAUUAUAAGUUAUAGGAUUCAAGAGGAAGAAAUUAUUCAUAAACCCUAAUUUUUUGAAUUUGAAAUGGAGGCGGCUACAGAUAAUCAGGUACAGGGCGGUGAAUCAGAAGAACCCCCAAGGAAUAAUGAAAAUGAAAUUGAAAAUUUGGUAUCUAAAGCACAGGAAUUAAUGACUAAAAUCACAUCGUCGAGGCUUAAUCCUAGUCCCAAGGUUUUAAACGCCAUUGCUUCAAUGCUCGAAGCUCAAGAAUCCAGGUACAUGGAGGAGUUGGGUAAUUCAGCUCCAAACAAUGGAAGAGCUUCUCAUAAUAUUGGAAGACUGGGGAAUGUUGUCCGGGACAAUGAUGAGUUUUUCGAAUUGAUAUCAUCUGAGUUUCUAUCUGAUUCUAGAUACUCAUUAAGUAUUCAGUCAGCUGCUAUAAGGCUGCUUCUCAGCUGCUCUACAACUUGGGUGUUUCCUCAUGUAUUCGAAGACGCGGUAUUGGAAAACAUAAAAAAUUGGGUAAUAAAUGACAAUUCAAGAUCUAAUGCUGAUGAACCUGACAAAAAGAAAGUUAUCAGAAGAGACAAGCCUACUGAUUCUGAAACGCUAGGGACAUAUGCCACUGGACUUCUAGCUGUAUGUUUAUCUGGAGGCGGUCAGAUAGUGGAGGAUGUGCUGACAUCUGGUCUGCCAGCCAAACUUAUGCGCUUUCUUCGUAUUAGGGUGCUUGGAGACACAAAUAUCAGUCAAAAGGAUGCUAAUUAUCAAACUGAACUGAAGAAUGCUUCUGGUUCUAUGAGAAGCAGAGACGACAGCAGGAGCAGAUCUCGACAGGUCCCAGAGUCCACUCACUUGGAUGGUUCCAAGAUUGGAGACGAAGGUUUAUUAGUUGAGCACAAUUUUGAAAGGGGAGAUGUUGGGGGAUCAUGUGAACCUCGCGAAGUAGUUGAUGAUAUGAUUGAAGGGGUUGAUAAAUAUGAUGUAAACGAGCACGUGGGUGAAGGCAGGUGGCACAUCAGAGAUCUACUCGAUGAUAAAACAAAACUUCGUGGAUUGCCAAAAGCAAGAGCUAGGGGUAGGACUAAUGAGGAAGCAGUGGAGUCUGAUAAAAUUCUAACUUCUCCAGGUUCUGGAAUACGUGUAGGAGCACAUGGGAAGAACACGAGGGACAGGAGUUCUCAUCGAAAUGCAGAUGCAAAAAGAGGUUCGGAUGCCAAAAUAAGUUCAAGCAGGAUUGAAACUGAUGGCUUCAUAGAGAGAUCGGAUAGUGAUGAUCACUUCAAAGAAUUCAAAAUUGGCACAACUGACAUAUCCGACCUUGUAAAGAAAGCAACUAGGGCAGCUGAGGCUGAAGCUAGCGAAGCCAAUGCAUCUCUUGAAGCCAUCAAACAUGCGGGUGAUGGUGCAGCUGAACACGUCAAAGCUGCUGCAUUAGAGGUGUUCCACAGUACCAAUGAUGAAGAAGCUGCAGUUGCUGCUGCUGCUGAAGCAGUGCGCACUAUUAUUAAUGCUGCCAAUGCACCUGAGGUCUCAAGGAGCUCAAGUAAUGUGAAGGAAGACCCGGCGAUUUCAGGGUCUGUAGAGAUAGAAAAAGAGGAGGACUAUGAAGGAUAUUUUACUUUAGAUUGUGAUUCUCUUGCACAGUUAAAAGAAAAAUAUUGUAUUCAGUGUCUGGAUAGCCUAGGAGAAUACGUAGAGGUUCUUGGGCCUGUUUUGCAUGAGAAGGGUGUAGAUGUCUGCCUAGCGCUGCUACAGAGGAGUUCUAAGAGUAAAGAGGUUUCAAAGGUUAUUAUGCUUCUGCCUGAUGUGCUGAAGUUAGUAUGUGCAUUAGUUGCGCAUCGUAAAUUUGCUCAAACUUUUGUUGAUCGUGGCGGUAUUCAGAAACUCCUUGCAGUGCCAAGAGUCGGUCAUACGUUCUUUGGUCUUUCUUCGUGCUUAUUUACUAUUGGAUCUCAGGGCAUUAUGGAACGUGUUUGUGCUCUGCCAUCCGAUGUUGUGUAUCAUGUAGUUGAGUUAGCUCUUCAGCUUCUUGAGUGCAACCAGGAUUUGGCAAGAAAAAAUGCUGCUUUGUUUUUUGCAGCAGCUUUUAUUUUCCGGGCAAUCGUGGAAUCAUUUGAUUCACUAGAGGGUUUGAAGAAGCUACUGAACCUUUUACAAGCUGCGGCAUCAGUGAGAUCAGGAAGCAAUUCUGGGACUCUGGGCCUGUCUAACGGGGGAUCUCUGAGGAAUGACCGAUCACCUGGAGAGGUUCUAACAGCUCUGGAGAAGCAGGUCGCUUAUCAUUCCUGUGUCGCACUGCGGCAGUAUUUCAGAGGCCACCUGCUUCUUCUUGUUGAAUCUCUUCGUCCAAGUAAAAGUAGUCGAAAUGCUGGCCGAAAUAUGCCAAGUGCAAGGGCCGCGUACAAGCCACUCGAUAUUAGUAAUGAGGCUGUAGAUGCGGUAUUUUUACAAAUACAGAGGGACAGGAAGCUUGGUACCGCUUUUGUCAGAUCACAUUGGCCUGCAGUAGAGAAGUUCUUAGAAUUCAAUGGACAUAUUACCAUGUUGGAGCUGUGUCAUGCACCCCCUGUUGAGCGGUAUUUGCAUGAUUUGGCUCAAUAUGCACUAGGAGUCCUACAUAUAGUUACAUUGGUGCCCUCUGGUCGUAGGUCGGUCGUGAACGCUACAUUGAACAAUAACCGGGUUGGCAUGGCAGUUUUACUGGAUGCAGCAAAUGCUGCUGGUUGCAACGAUCCAGAGGUUAUUCAGCCUGCAUUGAAUGUUCUAGUUAAUCUUGUUUGCCCACCACCUUCAAUCAGCCUUAAACCAUCUGUGUCUUCACAAGCUCAACAGUCGCUUUCUCUUCAGACUCCUAGUGGUCCUGCAGCUGAGACUAAAGAAGGGCAUGCUGGAAAAAAUUUCUCUGAUCGUUCUAUUUCCGAGAGGAAUGAUUCAUCUACAGUCUCAAACAGUAAUUUACAAACGGCUGUUCCUACUAUGAAUUCAGGGGUAGUUGGAGAUCGUAGAAUAUCUUUAGGUCCUGGGGCAGGUUCUCUUGGUCUUGCCACGCAGUUGGAACAAGGAUACUGGCAAGCUAGAGAGGCUGUCCGUGCCAACAAUGGGAUAAAAGUUCUUUUGCACCUUCUCCAUCCACGGGUACUUACACCUCCUGCUUCUCUUGAUUGUCUCCGCGCUCUUGCAUGCCGGGUCUUGCUCGGUCUAGCUAGAGAUGAUUCAAUAGCGCACAUAUUGACAAAGCUUGAGGUGGGGAAAAAAUUAUCAGAAUUAAUUAGAGAUCCAGGUGGUCAGCCACAAGGAAGUGAGCAGGGCAGGUGGCAAGCUGAACUUGCGCAAGUUUCAAUCGAGUUGAUAUCGAUCGUAACAAAUUCGGGACGUUCGAAUACUUUAGCAGCAACUGAUGCUGCUGCCCCAACUUUGAGGCGCAUAGAGAGAGCAGCAAUAGCUGCUGCAACUCCUAUUAGUUACCAUUCCAGGGAGCUGUUACUACUAAUCCAUGAGCAUCUCCAGGCAUCUGGCUUGAACACAACAGCUGCCUCUCUUUUAAGGGAGGCUCAGUUGACUCCAUUGCCUUCUUUGGCAGGACCACUCCCUCCCCUUCAUCAAACUUCUUUACAUGAGGCCCCAACUAUGCAAUUACACUGGCCUUCACGUGGGUUUCUGUCAAAAUUGUCAAAGCCAACUGUACGCCUUGAAGAACCAUCUAUAUCUGGUUCACUUUUGGCUUCUACUAAGAAGAAAGCAUUGUUGUUAAGUAACCGCAGCUUUCAGUCAAGAAACCCAUCAUCGGCAAUCAAAAUAUCCAGUGCAUUAAAAAGUCCAAUUCCAUCAAUAGCACCACAAACACCUACAGUGUCUAUGCCCAUCCCCAAUUCAGAUUCAGAACCUCAAUUUAAGACUCCAACGGUCCUGCCAAUGAAACGCAAGCCGACGGACUUCAAGGAUUGUGGGUUUGCUUCAUCGGCUAAGCGUCUUGCUAUGGGUGAACAUGGGUUUCGAUCUCCUGUACACCAGACACCUAAUGCGGUCCGUAAAAACAAUUUGCCUAUAGAUAUCGGGUUUCCGGUCACACCAAGCUCAAGCCAGAUAGAUCACAAUGGUAAAACUCCAGCUGGUACUUUUGCGGAUAAUACUGAUGAUACUCAUCAUCUUAACACCCCUUCAGGUCAGAUGACACCUAGUAAUUCUUUCCAGAUGGGUCUUCAACCUGAUCCACAACCAGGGAACUCAGAAAGGGUGACAUUGGACUCUCUGGUUGUGCAGUAUCUGAAGCACCAGCAUCGGCAGUGCCCAGCUCCUAUAACCACUUUACCACCUCUCUCUUUGUUACAUCCACAUAUGUGCCCGGAACCGCGACGAAACAUGGAGCUGCCUGCAAAUGUAACAUCUCGACUGUCCACGCGUGAGUUUAGAAAUCAUUACGGUGGGAUUCAUGGUACCCGAAGAGACAGGCAGUUUAUAUAUAGCAGAUUUAGACCUUGGCGCACUUGCAGGGAUGAUUCUGCUCUUCUGACAUGCAUAGCUUUCGUUGGUGACUCCUCUCGGAUUGUUACAGGGAACCAUUCUGGUGAGCUAAAAAUUUUUGAUUCAGAAAGUGGGAAUAUCUUGGAGAGUAGUACGGGUCAUCAAUCACCAUUAACACGCAUACAAUCAGCUCUAUCUGGUGAUACUCAGUUGAUUCUCUCUUCGGGCUCAUAUGAAGUACGACUUUGGGAUGGAUCUUCAAUUUUAGGUGGUCCCAUGCAUUCUUUUGAUGGAUGCAAGGCGGCGCGGUUCAACAACUCGAAGACAAUGUUUGCUGCCUUAUCAACAGAGACAUCACCGCGUGAAGUUCUAUUGUAUGAUAUACAGACCUGCAAUUUGCUUACGAAGUUCUCCGAUUCUGCCAGUUCUUCUGGACCUGGCAGAGUACAUGUACAGUCCCUGAUACAUUUCCAUCCAGAUGAUGAAAGGCUGCUAUGGAAUGGAGUGUUGUGGGACAAGCGAACUCCCAGUGUUGUUCGCCAAUUUGAUCAGUUUACAGACUACGGAGGAGGUGGCUUUCAUCCUGCUGGCAAUGAGGUAAUCAUCAAUUCAGAGGUUUGGGAUCUUCGAAAUUUCAAGCUUCUGCGAAGCGUGCCCUCGUUGGACCAAACUGUGAUAACAUUCAAUACUUCUGGAGAUGUGAUAUAUGCUAUCUUGAGGAGGAACGUCGAAGACAUAACAUCAGCAGUAAACUCUCGCCGAGUAAGGCAUCCACUAUUUUCAGCAUUCAGAACGGUGGACGCUGUGAAUUACUCCGACAUUGCCACAGUGCCUGUGGAUCGCUGCAUCCUUGAUUUUGCCACAGAACCGACAAAUUCUUUUGUUGGGUUGGUAUCUAUGGAUGACCAUGAGGAGAUGUUUGCAUCUGCAAGACUGUAUGAAAUAGGACGCCGCAGACCUGCCGACGAUGAUUCUGACCCUGACGAUGCAGAGAGUGAGGAAGAUGACGGAGAUGAUGACUCAGAAGACGAUGAAGACGGAUUGAUGGGAGCUGAUCUAGUUGGUGACAUGGAUAGUGACCUCGGGGAUAUGAGUCAUGAUGACGAUGAUGAUGAAGACGAUGAGGAUGAUGAUGAUCUUGGUGACGAUGAGGAUGAUGGCCUUGAUGGUGAUUUUGGAAUGGAUGUUGACGACGAUGAUGAUGGAGAUUUUGGUGAUGAUGGAGUGUUGGAGAUUGUGACAGACGGCGAAGACGACGAUAGUGAGACAGCAGGAGGGUUUAGUAACGGGGAUGAGGGAGAUUUUCCUUAAAUUUUAGUGGCUAUGUAAUUAUGUAUAAAUUUUUGAUUCAUUGAAAUGAGAGUAAUUUCAACUUAUUGUUGGUUUUAUUUUUUUUUGUAGAUGUUUCUUACUCCCACAGAACCCAAGUAAGAGCUGUAUUUUUGAUGGAGGAAUAAGAAGAGAGGUGGGAGCUUACAGAAGA